CCUCAGCGUUACAAAAGAAAUGGGAGGUCCGCUCGUGAACCUUUCAUUAGGUUUACUUGUGCUCGUCUUCCCUUUCUUUUUGUGGCGGAGCCGCAGCUGCAGCCUCCUCCUCUCUGAUACCUCACUCCUAGCGCGCAGAUCAAAGCUUCCAUUCAUUGUGUCUCAAGGCACAAGUUAGUAAAAAUGGCAAAAAAGAAAAAUCCUAUUGUCUUCAUGGAUGUGACAAUUGAUGGAGAUGCUGUUGGAAGGAUGCUGUUUGAGCUUUACGCUGAUAUUGUUCCAAGGACUGUUGAAAACUUCCGAGCACUCUGCACUGGUGAAAUGGGAUAUGGAUCAGUGACUAAGAAGCCCUUGCACUACAAGGGAUCACUCUUCCAUCGCAUUAUUAAGGGCUUUAUGGCACAGGGUGGUGACUUUUCAAGACGUGAUGGAACCCGUGGUGAGAGCAUAUAUGGUGGAAAUUUUCCAGAUGAAAAUUUUGUUCUAGACCAUGAUGGUCCUGGUCUUCUAUCAAUGGCAAAUGCUGGUCGUGAUACCAAUGGUUCCCAGUUUUUUAUCACUUUAAAGUCUGCUCCUCAUCUUGAUGGAAAGCACGUUGUUUUUGGGAAACUCAUACUAGGACAUGAAGUAUUGCGGAGCAUUGAGAAUGUUGAUGUUGAUGGUGACAGACCUGUUGUUCCUGUGAAGAUUGUCAGUUGUGGGGAGCUUAAUGAGAAUGUGACCAUCUUACAUGAAAAUGACGAAAACAAAAGUAUGAAGUCAAAGAAAGCUAAGGAUAAUGAUGCUAAUGAUAGUCAUGAAGGACGACAUAAAGGGCGGCAUAAGAAACCUAAAGGAAAAAGGAAGAAAAAGAAAAGAAGAUAUUAUUCAUCUGAAUCAGAUAGUUCAUCUGACACAGAUAUUCAAUCAUCAGAAACUGAUAGUGAUUCGGAUUCAUAUACAUUGUCUACAUCUGAUACAAGCAGCUCGACUGAUGACCGGCGUCACAGAAGGAAAAGAUAUUCCAGAAGAGAAAAGUAUAAACAGAAACAAAAAAGAGAGAGAAGACGAGAGAAGAAGCGCAGAAGGCGUGAAAGGAAGUCUAGGCACAAGGCAAAAAGGAUGCUGGAUAGUGAAUCUGAAACAAAGAGUACCUAUGCAAGCAGUUCUGAUGAUGAUGGAAAUCACAAAGGAAGUGCACGGAAGUCUAAGAAGGCCUCUUCACAUAUUCCAGAUGAAGAACAGCCACCAUUACUCAAGGAAAAUGACACUAAUUUUCAUGAUAAGGAGUCUGUUAUGUUAGAGAAACUUCUUGGAGAGGAGGCAAAGUUGCAAAGAGAAAAUGUUGGACUUCAGAACAAUGGCAAUACAGCCAUGAAAUUUGAGAGAAAUGAGGAUGAAUUGCCUAAUUUAGAAGUCAAUCCAAAAAAGAAUCAUUGCAUGGGUCUGAACCGUUCUGUGAGCAAGAGUAUGAGCAUCAGUCCAAGGAAUGAAAGCCGAAGUCCAAGCCCAAGAAGGUCAAUAGGCAGGAGUCCCCCCCAAAGGGAUCUCAGUAGAAGCCCUAUUAAUGAAGCCCGAAAGAAUAGUAUAAGUAGAAGCCCGCCUCAUAGAGGCAUCAGCCGAAGUCCAUCUGGAAGAAAACUUAGGAGCUCUGUUAGAAGAACUGUUAGGAAAAGUCCAGUUGGGGAUAUUACUAGAAGCAAAAGCAGAAGUCCAGAAAGGUCCCUGCAGCAGAGGAACCCCAGUGCUAGCCUGGAGAAAGUCGCUAUACAGCGAAGCCCGAGUAGAACUUCGGUUAAUGAAAAAAGACAUAGUAUUAGUCGAAGCUCAGGAAAAUCACUGCAACAAAGAAGCCCUAGCAGGAGUCCCUUGAUGGCUGUGAAAAGCGUAAGUAGAAGUCCGAUAAAGUCUAGCAGUAGGAGUAAAAGCCAUAGCCCUGUACAGGUUCAUUCAAGAAGAAGCAUAAGUAGGAGUCAGGGGAGCCCUUUUCAUAAGGCUAGCAGCAAAAGCAAAAGUAGGAGCCCUGUGCAACCUCGUUCUAGAAGAAGUCUCAAUAGGAGCCAGGGUAGCCCUGAUCGUAGGGCAAUAUCACCACCACCAAAUCGCCGCAAAAGUUUGUCAAGAAGUAUUUCUCCAGAUGGAUCUCCUAAGCGCAUAAGAAGAGGUAGAGGUUUUAGUCAGCAAUAUUCAUAUGCUAGAAGAUACAGGACUCCAUCUCCUGAUCGUUCUCCAGUUAGAUCACAUCGUUUUGGUGGACGAAGUGAUCGUGAUAGGUAUUCAGGCUAUAGAACCUAUCACAAUCGUUCUCCUCCUAGACGCCAUAGGAGCCCUCCCAGGGGAAGAACACCACCAAGGUAUCGCGGUAGGAGGAGCCGUAGCAGAAGCAUAUCUCGCAGCCCUGUGGGCUACCGUGGUCGAGCAAGAGGUGAUUAUAUUCCCAGCCCCGCACUUAGCCGUUCUCCAGUUCCGGAUAAUUCAAGAUCACGUGCUGCCUGGGACAAAGUUCGAUCUGAGAAAAGGAAAUCAAUUUCGAGAAGCAGAAGCCCAUCUGGUUCUAGGUCAAGGUCAUUGUCGAGGUCCAGGUCUCGCUCCCCAGAUAUUACCUCUCCAAAGCGCUCGAGCAAGGACCUGUCAAGGUCACCAUCUACUUCUGGCGGUAAGAAAGGUUUGGUUUCAUAUGGAGAUGCCUCGCCUGAUUUUGCUGGGAAAUAGAAGAGGAAGGGCUAUUAUCAUAUGCAGAAUUAGUUUUGCUUUGCAAGCAGCUGGUAGUACAAUGGAUUGUCAAGGAAUGCAUUACAUCACAUGCACGAGGAAGUGGAGCUUUUGCAGUUUUGUUCAGAUGUUCUAUUAAACCAUGUGCUAUGAGAAAUUUCCUUUUACUCUAAUAUUCCUGAGCAAGAUGCCAAGAGCAGUUGUUUUAAUAUUUGGCGGUUACCUAACUUAGCUUAGCUUGAUUCUGAUGGAUUUUUCUGUGUUUCGAGGACCCUAUCAAAUGAGAUGCCUUGCUUAUUUGACGGUGGUUACCUUCAAGGAGCAAAUUAUGGAUUUUUGUGUU